CAUGUAAUUCGAUGCAUGCUGUUAAAGCUUAGAGUAUAUUGUCUUCCUUUUGCUUAUGAAGCCUCCACCCACCGGCCCACCCUACAUUUAGUGGAUCAUGUGACUCGGGGCAGCCUAAGAAACAGGAUGUUAAUGCUUGACGGAAUGCCUGCAGUCCGAGUCAAAGCUGAGCCCCUGGAAUCGGAACAAGGGUCACCUAAAGUGCGCCCUUAUUCUGCGAUGGACAGCGUCCCCUUCUUCCUCAGCAGAGUCAAACCAGAGCCGCCAGAAGACCUGCUUGCUCAUGACCUGCACUUCCACACACAGACCGAGCCCGUCGACCUGUCGAUCAACAAACCCCGACCCUCCUCUUUAUCUACCACCACCGCCAUAACCUCAUCAUCAUCAUCAUCCCCCCUCAGAUCAGCCUUUUCCCCAUCUUCAUUAUCGUCGUCAUCUUCCUCCUCCUCUCCAUCGGUUAUCACCUCAGCCUCAUCGGUGCUCACACCAGGCCCUCUGGUAGCCCCUGUAAGCGGGGUGAGAGGUCAGCCGUAUUUGCACAUCCUGCAGUCUGUGCCGCCGCCUCCAUCCAGCCCUCUGAGCCUGCAAGGGGCAGGGAAGCUGGCCAGUCAUGUUCACCGCAUCCCGGUCGUGGUACAGUCACUGCCCCUCAUGUACACCACUGCCGUCAGAUCACCCUCCAGCCUCAACAAUGCUAUCAUGCUACCUCUGCUGGAAGAGGCCAAAAGCCAGGUCAAAGCACACACAGACCACAACGGCCUGUCGCCAAGGCAGAUCAAAAGUGACACCGAUGACGAUGACCUGCCAAAUGUGACCCUGGACAGUGUUAAUGAGACUGGCUCCACAGCGCUGUCUAUAGCCCGUGCCGUACAAGACUCCAUGUCCCCGUUCAGUAUUGACAGUAUACGUCGCCCCCGGAGGUCAGAGUCACCAGAAUCCAAAAAGAGAAGAAUCCACAGAUGUGACUUUGAGGGCUGCAAUAAAGUGUACACCAAAAGCUCACAUUUAAAAGCACACCGGAGGACGCACACAGGGGAAAAGCCAUACAAAUGCACCUGGGACGGUUGCACCUGGAAGUUCGCCCGCUCUGAUGAGCUGACGAGGCAUUACAGAAAACACACAGGGGUGAAACCCUUCAAGUGUGCAGACUGUGACCGCAGCUUUUCCAGAUCCGACCACUUGGCACUCCACCGACGGAGACACAUGCUGGUGUGAACCAGAUGCUGAGCAACUGAAAGAGAGGUCAAUGGAACAGACACACACAUUCAGACACACACGCGCAGGCAGCCAAGGGAGCGGGAUCUCCUUUUGAAUGUUUUUCAGCUGGCCUGGAUGCCCACAGUCACACUCAGAUGCACACAUAGACACACACUCAUCCUUUAGGAGGAGUGGAGAUGGAGAUGGAGAACAUCGAUGGAUGAAGGUGCACAGAGCUUGCGGAGCACAACACAGGGUCACUUCUGGAUCCUCUUAGGGUUGGAAGGACGAAACAUCAGGAUCUUUUAUCAUCAUUGCUUGAUAUGGAGCUUGAUAGGGAACUGUCUUUAACAGCACUGUUUGUUAAUGUUUCACUUUGAUUUGGAAAAUGAUAUCGCACUCUUUGUUUGGACAAAAAUAGCUAUAUAUAUAUAUAUAUAUAUAUAUAUAUAUAUAUAUAUAAUUCAACAGCAGAGGUUUCUUUUUGGUAUCUUUCUUUUCAUUAUUGUUCAAACAACUGCUUCUUUCAGCAUUCAUAAUGUGAAAGACCCCAUUGUAUUGAAUGGAUUUCCUGUGAGUUCAGGAAGAAAUUAGACCUGAAAUGGAUUACGGGAAAGAACUUGGGCGUAGUUGGAAUUACAGGCAGUAUUGUCUCAUGUUGCCUCAACAAGAGUUUCAUAUGUGACCAGAAGAGGGCAGCAUAGAAUCAUUAAUGGUUUCCCACUUGAAGUCUGCCAGUCAUCCCAUACAGGAGAAAAAGAGGGCUGAAGUACACCUUUCCCACAGCCAGCAAAUGGUAAAGAAUAACAACUCAAAUGGCCACUCUUUCAGUCAUUGGUUGCUUUCUUUUAAAAGAUGGAAAAACUGGACAUGCAUAUCAUCGCACCAGCAAGGAAACACACCAUUUUACUAUCCACUCACAUGGAUGCCGGACAAACCCAUAUUUCAUCAGUGCUAUUCUUUAUGUUGAGCCUCUUGAAAGCAUUUUCUUGGAAAAAAAAAGAAUCUUUUGUGGAUUUUGAGCUGUGAUUAGCAAUCAGUAAAGUGCAAUCUUAAAGGUUAAAUAUACUUUCAGUAUGAAAAUGUUUUGUUUAUUGAAUCUUACCUUUUUUUUUUAUGCCUGCUUAUUGCUUAUGUUUGACUCUGAAAAAUAUGACCCCUCAUGUACAGUGAACUUUGAAACAAUCAGAGGAGAUUUCCAGUAUGUGAUGAAAAUUAAAAAAACAAACAAAACAAACAAAAAAAACAGAGGCACCUUAGAGACUUCCAAUCUAUCCCUAAUUUAUCUGUGUGUAUCAUUCAACUCAGAUUUCUCUGCUGCAUUUAAUAGAAAAAGGAAUUUGUGUUGUUGUUUUUGCACAGCACAGCAGCACUUGGCCAUAAGCUGACAUUGAUACCAGCUGAUGUGUUACAGAGAUAAUUUUGUGUACAGUACAGAAGAGCAAUACAUUUGAAGGAACAUCAGACUUCUCUUUGUUCUGUUUGUUGAUGUCAGAAUCUGAGGAGGAGCCUCCAGCUUGGUCUCACUCAACAAUUCCCUCUGUUACUGUCUCGUCUGUAGGUCCAGUUCAAGCUCUGAUGUGUCUCAGCUGGUGAUUUGCUCUAUAUAAUCUUACAUUUUAUGUUAUUUUACAAAUGCAGAAAAUCACUUGAAAUGCUUUUGCCUCAGUCCAAAUGGAUAUAAGGUUUAUUACCUGAGAUUUGGUGAUAUAACAUGCUGAAAAAUGCAGGAAUUGCACACAUGCAUACAUACAUACAUAGCACAGAUAAAUAAUAAUACAUGCACAUGUACUUACAAGAAUAUGUUAUAUAUACACAUAAAGGAUGCAGGUACUGGCAGAAAAAAACUUGGAGAACAUCAGUUUACCUAAUCAGGGAAUUCAAUUAAAAGUAUAUUUUUAUAGUCCUAAUAACAGACACUUUUGCAAGUAUUUCUGGUGCUCUUUAUGCUGUGUAAAAGCUUCAAACAUAAACUCCACCUAUCAGGCCAACCAAUGUUAUUUGAUAGCGCUGCCAAAUGCAUUUAUUGGACCGAAGCCAGCAACAAGUAAUGGUAACCUUUUUUGAUUAUAAUAUCUUGAAAUCCAUACGCUCAUACACUAAUGCACACAUACACACACCUGCACACUUCAGCAGCCUCACUUUUAGUGAAGAAGCUAAAUCCAGGAAGUAAUUUCACACAUGCAUGCAAGGUGUGUGUGUAUGGGUGAGAGAGAGAGAGAAGAGUUACCCUUAUGUUAUCAUUAUUUAUGUAAAAUGUUUGUGCACAUGUCAUAAUGCCCAACUGUAUUAUCAUUUUGGCAAAAGCAUAUCAGCACCUUGUUUGUUUUUUAGUAUGAUUUUUUUUUUUCAAAUAAUUUUAUUUCAGAUGUCAAUUUAUAAACAAAUAAUCAUCAUCAUAUUUUAUCCAUCCAUAUAAUGUAUUAGGACAUUUAAUGUAUGAGGGGGCCCUUUGUGAUUAAUUAUAAUUCUUUCUUCUCUGUAAAAAGGAUUUUUUGAAAUGUUGUAAUAUAUGUGAUAGUGAAGAUGAAACCUAUUACAAAGUUCUACAGCCUGUAUAUACAUUGGAAAAAUAGGGCUUUUGAUUAGUAGAUGCAGGAAAUACAUUUGUACAUGUAAAGUCUUUUCAGAGACUGUAAUUUAUCUAAUUUGAUACACAGUGAAAAGGGGCUAAUGGUAUUCAUCAUGUAAAUUAUCAUAUGUGAUGUUAUAUAACAGCUUUUUAUUGUUUCGGGUUGUUAAACAAGUUCAUGAUCAAAUUAUUAUUAUUUUUUCUUUUUUUUUUUUCUUUUAUAAGGCUAAACCAGUGUUUGCUAUAAUCAACAAAUUAUUUAUAUCCAUCCACCAUAUUAAGGUACUCGAUUUCCUGUGUUGCUAUUUUGCUAUACCCGGACAAGAAAUUACACAGAUCAAGCACAUAUCAACAACACAUGUACUUUUGUAUUCAGUAUAUGAUGUUGCAUGCCUUAAUACACCAGUGUUUGAAGAAUUUAAUUAGACUUGAAGAUGGUGUCUCCACAGGACAGGGUGUAUUGUAUUUCCCUCCCGCAUCUCUUUCCUCAUUUUAAAGCAUAAUUUUGUUACGGCAACCAGGGUCAAAGUUAUGCAAUAAUGAUGAAUAGUGCCUCAUAUCACAAACUUGUAAUAUCACCUGCUCUGUGCAGAAUUUUCAAUUUCAACCUGCGUGCUUCGGUUACUACAAAUGAGGAAAAACCGGGAAUUUUGGAGAAAAAAUAAAUAAACAAAAAAAAGCACAGACAACAAUAUGCAAGUUGGACCUUUAACGUUGAACUAUUCUUUUCGCACUGAGCCUUAUACCAUUGUGUCAAAUGCAGCAUCUUCUCAUAACACUUUAACAGGCUGUUGAUAGCACAUACCAUUACUUUGCUUGCAAUAAGUCACUUCCUUGAUGGGGAACGGAGCUGUGUGACAAAGGCCUCUGGAGGUUUUAGCUUUGGCGCAUCCGUUCAAUGCAGUGACUCCAUGGAAGGUAAAGAGGAAUCCAGUGGUCAGGAUUCCAGCAGUAGAUUGACACAUUUGUUAAUAAAUACUGAUGUUAGACUUUUUAUCAGUUAAAUUAAUAUUUUACUUUCUGUGUAACAUCUGCUUUUGAUUUUUCUGGUUUUGAAAAUUUAAGUAGUGAAGCCAAUGCCUAUGUUUCAAGUUUGCUGAUAUUACGUACAGUAAUCGUUGUUCCUGUAUUUAUGUAAAGUGAGUGUAGUGUAAAUAUAUUCAGAUCUUUUCAUUCUUACCGUAAAAAAAAAAAAAAAAUGUGAUAUUUGCUUCAGCGUUGCUUCAAAAGGGAGAUUCUUCACAUGGAAUUCCACAUAUGUAAAAACAUUUUUAAUCCUAAUAUUUUUCAAAACUUCAAGAACAGGUGUCUGUUUUUUCCCGUUUCUUUUUUGUUACACUUUUUUCUUUCCUCCAAGAGUUGUAUCAAGUCAGUGUUUUGCCUUUUUCUCUGUAUUUUUCAUAUGGAUGGAGCUGUGAAAUUAAAAUGAGUUCAAACAUAUACAUGUAUAUUAAUAUGAAUGGAGGCAUGAAGGUUAAUAAAGUUGCAUUUUGUAUGUAA